AUGUUUUCACUUACCAAAAGAAUUUUGGCUCUUCUUGGCUUUGGGUGUACAAUUAUGAUCAUUCUCCUAAAGGGAGGAUUUGGCUUGUUUGGGCUUCAUUCUAUUCAUGAUAGGCUUCCUAUGUGGGAAGGGAUUAGGAACAUCUCUAUUCAGCAUUCUCCAUGGCUCUAUGCUGGUGACUUUAAUUCUGUUCUUCAUACUUCAGACAGACUUUAUGGUACUGAUGUUACUGAUUAUGAGACUAGAGAUUUCCAAAGUUUGGUUGAUGAUUUGGACCUCACUGAGAUUAAGAAUCAUAGUCCAGUUCUUUUAGAUAUUUGUCCUGCUCCUGCUGGGAAAGGUAGACCUUUCAGGUUUCUAAACUGUAUUGCUGAUCAUCCUGAUUUGCUUGAUACUAUUACUCAAGCUUGGUGUUCUAGUGGUUCUAUCUGUCAGAAGCUUAAUUAUGUGAAGUCUAGUAUUAAGUUUCUUAAUAGCAAGAAGUUUGGCAAUAUUGUUGAGAAGAUUGAUCAAGCUAAUGUUGAGCUUGCUGGAAUUCAGAACUUAAUGGCUCAGAAUCCUGAUGAUUUGGAUUUAUAUGUUAAAGAAUCUGAUGCUAUUAAGGUUGUUAAACAAUGGAAUGAUAUUCAAGAAAGCAUCUUCAAACAAAAGUCUAGGAUCAACUGGAUUAAGCUUGGAGAUGGCAAUUCCCAUUAUUUUUUCUCAGUGAUGAAGAAUAGACAAGCAAGGAAAAGAAUUGACUCCAUCUUUGACUCUAACCAGGCUCCUUGGCUUCCUGAUGUUGAUCUUGUUACUAUAAAGAGAGGUAAACAACUUAGCUCUAUUGCUCAGAGCUAUCUCAUUCAUCCCGUCUCUCAUGCUGAAAUUGAUGUUGCUCUUAAGGGAAUUGAUAGCACUAAAGCUCCUGGUAUUGAUGGUUUUAACUCCUUUUUCUUUAAGAGAGCUUGGCGUAUUGUGAAAGAUGAUAUUUAUGCAAGUGUUAUUGAUUUCUUUACUAAAGGGACCUUGCCUAAGCAAUGGAAUUGCACAACAAUUACUCUUGUUCCUAAAAUCCCUAAUGCUUCCCAUGUUAAGGAUUUUAGACCUAUAGCUUGUUGCACUGUGGUUUAUAGGCUCAUUUCUAAGGUCAUAACUGCUAGACUUGCUGUUAUCAUUGGUGAGCUCAUUGAUGAUGCUCAAGCAGGUUUCAUUCCAGGCAAGCACAUGAUUCAGUUGAGUGGGGAUUCUUGA